AUGGCGGAGCCGAGUGACGGAGAGGAAGGUGCAGCAUCUGCAGGCGAAGAAAUGGCAGGCAGUGGAGUUAGGGAAGUUGGUUCGGGAGAAGUGGAUCGGGGAGCACAGGGACAAGCGCGGGAGACGGAGGAGCGACGUGCAAGUGGAGAGCAAGAGGGGAGCGAGGAGCAGCGGGGAAGUGCAGGGCAACGGGAGGAUGUGGAGCAGAGGGCUGAUGGCAACGGGAGAGUGCGCGAGACGAUUGAUCUGAGUGGGGAGGACGAUGACGAUUUGCUCGUUCUCUCUCCUGAUGCUGUACGCCCGCCCGUCCUUUCCUCCUCGUCCAUUGCCUUCACUCUUCUCCAGUCGCCCUUCUCUCUUCUCCCGUUGCCCUACUCCAGUCCUGCUCCCGUGCGACGCGACGGCAGGCGCAGGAGCACGAGGGGAACACCGGCGGGCGCAGGACAGAGUGGUGGUGGUGGUGGUGGUAUCGGUGUGCGCCAGUUCUUCAUGCCUGCGCACUCCUCCUCGCGUGCAACUGCUUCCGGCACUCAUUCGCAGGCUCGGCGAGUCACGCGGCAGGCAGCUGGUAUGCUGGAGAUUCCACAGCAGCAGGAGGUUGCUCGAGCUGGGACUAGCAUCGCAGAUGCAGGUUCAGGGGAAGCAGUUGCGGGUGCUGCUGCAUCUGCUGCUACUGCUGCUGCGACUGGUGUGGAAGGGAGGGAAGGGGUUGCGAUCACUGUACUGGUUGUGGAUGACGAUGAUGACUGUCAAAUCGUCUCGCCACCGGUCAGGCACACAGGCCAUGAGGCAAGGGCUAGCCAUGAGGCACGGGCUCAGCAUGAGCGGAGAGUCGCCAGCCGCACCCGCGAGACAAGGGCACCCGUGCGGGUGAGUGGUGAAGCACGGGCUGCUACCUGGGGUGAGAACGAGCCGCAGCAUAAUGAUCCGAUGCACAGGCAGGUGGUUGACCUGGAAGAAGAGGCAGGGGCAGAGGGAGGGGGAGGGGUAGUAUCAGAACAAGUGGCAAAUUCACCUGAAGUGGUGCUGGUGCGUGGUGGUGGUGCGUCCAGAGGUUUACAGGGUGCUGUUGCCAGGCACAGAAGCCGCGGGGCAGACGGUGCAGCAGGGAGGCAGCGGCAUUGGAGCAGCACGAGCACGGGUGGUGCUGCUGCCAUGGGCUCAGCUGCUGUGAGAUCGGCUGCUGUGAGUACGGCCACACAUCGCGGGAUGUUGAGGGUUCCGGUUUCUGUGCAGGGGGGUGCGUUACGAGGAGGGGGUGGGGUGGGGGGAAGUGGAAGGAGAAGGGUGGAGGAACCAGAGCCUGAUGACAGAGACGUGCAAGCAUCGGUUGCAGGAGCAGCAGGAGGUGGGAGGGGUAGUGGGGGCAUGGAAGGGGGAGGGAGAGCAGGGGGAGGGAUGCAUCUGGUGUGCUCCGUGUGCCUGGAUGAUAUGAGUGAGGAGACUGAAUUCUUGGCCUCAUUUUGGCACACGUCCCUCAGCCUUCCCAUCGCGGUGCCCUCACCUCCCUUUCCACAAACUGCGACGAGUGCCUCGAGACACGACACCCAUCCUCUCUUAGGGUUUGACACCUGUUUUUCCCCUCCCAUUCCCUCUAUCCCCUCCCCUUCCUUCUCUCCCCUUCCCCCUCUCCCCUUCCCUCCCUCCCUCCCCCCUCCCUCUCUCCCCUUCCCUCUCUCCUCCUUCCGCCCGCAGCUGUUCUCAUGUCAGCCCAUCCACGCCAUGAGCAGCUCGCUCCUCUCCCACCCCUACACCAACCCAUUCCCCUCCCCAGCUGCCGCACACGCUGACGUCAACUCGGGUGCUCGUACUCCUCCCACUUCUCCCACACCUCCUCUCCUCGGACUCCCCACCCACCAGCUCUCCCACCCUCCAGCACCCGCCACCCCUCUUUCCCCUCUCCCUGUGAACUCACCUUCACCUCCUCCCACACCAACAUUCCACAUAGCCCUUUCCUUCUCCGCCAACCCGUUCCUUCUCGCGGGGGUUCUCCCCAUCUCCUCAUCCCACCUCCCCAUCUCCUCAUCCCACCUCCCCAUCUCCUCAUCCCACCUCCCCGUAUCCUCAUCCCACCUCCCCAUCUCCUCAUUCCACCUCCCCAUCUCCUCAUCCCACCUCCCCGUCUCUACAUCCCACCUCCCCGUAUCAUCAUCCCACCUCCUCAACUCCUCGUCCCACCUCCCCUUCUCCUCAUCCCACCUCCCCGUAUCCUCAUCCCACCUCCCCAUCUCCUCAUCCCACCUCCCCAUCUCCUCAUCCCACCUCCCCAUCUCCUCAACCCACCUCCCCAUCUUCUCAUCCCACCUCCCCUUCUCCUCAUCCCCUCCUCCCUUCUCGAGGUCCCGGGUUCCCAUGAUAGCUGCCUCCCUCCUCAUCUCGCCCACCUCAUUUCCUUUCUUCCUCGGUGUGCAUUAUAACUAUCGGUCAUACCUCCUCAUCUCAUCUCCCCUUCAUGCCUCCUACCACCUUUCCCUGCCAUCCCAUCCCUCCUUCAUGCCUCCCAUCACCUUUCUAUGCCUUCCCAUCUCCCCUUCAUGA